AAAAAAAAAUACAUUUUGACCAAAAAUGAAAUUACAAGUCAUAUUUUCCACUCUUUUAUUUGUUAUAUUAAUGCUACUUAACUUAAUAUGUCUUGGAUUUUUUAUCGCGAAAUAUUUAUCCUUAAAACGAAUUAAUUUCGAAAUUCCAAUUAAUAAUGUUGAUUAUGUUUACUUAGGAUUGAUAUCAGUAACAGCUCUUAAAGAUGUUACGUUAAUUAUUGCAGCGUUCAGAGGAUCAUUAAAUCUAUUGAAUCCAAGACAACAAAUUAUUUCACAGAUUCUUUUAUUAAUAGCAUGGAUUGUAGUUCCAACAUUAUAUACAAAAUUCGAAUUAGACAGACAAUUACUUUCAUCAAUGUGUCCACAACAAUACAUGAUGGUUUGCCUAUUACGUAAAAUAAGCUUCAUAUUAAUGUGGGCGUAUUCAUCAAUGCUUUUUAUAUCAAUACUAAGCGCUGUAUGCUUUAAAUCAGUCGAUGAAGAAGAUGAAGAAAAUGAUGAUAAUUAUAAUGAAGGUUAUAAUAUUAAUAUUGAUAAAGAAAAAUUCAAACCACAACCAAAAACAAAUCAAUUUCAUCCAAGAUAUUCAAAAAAUAAUAAUUAUAAUCGUUAUAACAACGUAUCAUCAAUACAUAGUAAUAAUAGUUCAAUACCACCAUAUAAUAAUUUAAGUCAUUUAAGGUAAUAAGGUAAUAUCACUUAUUUAUUCGCUUAUAUUUUAUUACAUUAUUACAGUAUUUAUAUAUAUUAUUUAUUU